UCGUACUGACGCGAGAAGGAAGAUGCUCUAGGAAGUUGGGGGCCUGGCUAGGGACAGCCUGUGUCCCGCCGUGGGAUCGGUGGGAGAGGGGGAGGCAGGCAUGUGUGAUCUGGUGGCCCGCACGGGCCGGCACCUGCAGCGCUACGAGAACGGCCGUCGCCUUGUGGCUGGGUGCAUACCAUUCAGAUACAUGGAUAUUAAUGAUGGAGCUUCUGAUGAUGAACAAAAGAAACUUGUUGAAGUUCUCAUGAUCAGCUCACAAAGUGGACCGGGUCUUCUAUUUCCAAAGGGAGGCUGGGAGAAUGAUGAAGCUGUUGAAGAGACAGCUGUAAGGGAAGCUAUCGAAGAAGCUGGAGUGCGAGGAGAUUUAGUGCAACUGCUGGGGUUCUACGAUUUCAAGAGCAAGCAGCCCGAAGCAACGUGUAGAGCCGCAAUCUUUGCUCUGCACGUGAAGGAAGAGCGAGCAUCCUGGCCAGAACAGAGCACCCGACAGAGGAGCUGGCUCACAGUUCCCGAGGCGGCAGAGCGGAGCUGCUACCUGUGGAUUAGGGAUGGCAACGGAUCACGCAUUGGUCUUGGCACGGAGCCACUGAAGUUCAGACAAUACGAGUUCGAAUAG